AUGGCGUCGUCCACAGAUCCAUGGGUGCGGGAGCACGGCGAGGCAGCGCGCCUCGCCAACGACGUCGCCUCCAUAGUCGCCGACCGGGCUGCGCUCCGGCAGUCCGGCCCGGAGGCCAUGCGCCACACCUCCGCCAUCUGCCACAAGAUCACCAUCCUCGGGACCAGGCUCGACACCCUUGAGGGGAUGCUCGCCAGGCUUCCCCCAAAUCCAUGUACCACCGACAAGGAGCUGUAUAAGCGCCGAGACAUGCUUAAUUGUUUUAGCUUACAAAUACAUAUCAUUUGGCCGCCAUUGCCUUCCUCGCAUCCUCUCUCAAAAUUCAGACUCAUCAAUAACGUCUCAUCGAGUAGAUCGGUGACCAACUCCUCGAGCAUCCAGGCCCCGGAUUUUGCCGGCCUGACUCUUCCUUGA